UUAUCCACAAAAAGCUCUACGUGUCUUUCUUCAAGCUAGUUCAAACUUGAAAGCUCUUACUUCUCUCCUCCUCCGAGCUCAUAAGCUCAAUUUCCCGAGAAAAUUCUGCUCAAAUUUCUAUUAUAGAAUCUUAGUUUUCCUCAGAAAAUUGCUUUCCUACCUUAGCAAGCUCCCCAGCAAUCCACAAUUGGCUCUGACGGUCUCAUGCUAUCCAAAUUACCAAAAUGGCCAUCUUGUCCCAUCUAUGGAUUCUGAAUCCUUCGCCCAUCUCCACAGAACUCGUUAAACCCAAGUCUAAACCUCCUUGCUUCUCUUUCUCUAGUUUCCCGGUCCACCGACGGCUCAUUUCAGUAUCUGGCGAGCGGAGAACCUAUUCUGGCGCUGGAAAAGCUCGGGCCAAAACUAAAGAACUUGUCCUCGGCAAUCCGUCAGUCGUCGUUGAGAAAGGCAAGUACAGCUACGACGUUGAAACCCUAAUCAACAAGCUCAGCAGCCUCCCUCCGCGUGGCAGCAUCGCGCGUUGCCUUGAAGUCUUUAAGAACAAGCUCUCCCUAAACGACUUUGCUUUGGUCUUCAAGGAAUUCGCCCAGCGUGGGGACUGGCAGAGAUCGCUUCGCCUUUUCAAGUAUAUGCAGCGCCAGAUCUGGUGCAAGCCCAACGAGCACAUAUACACAAUCAUGAUUAGUCUAUUAGGCCGAGAAGGCCUCCUUGAAAAAUGCGCCGAGAUUUUCGAAGAAAUGCCGACACACGGCGUACCGCGUAGUGUCUUCUCCUACACGGCUUUGAUAAACUCUUACGGGCGUCACGGCCAGUACGAGGUCUCACUUGAGCUUCUAGAGAGAAUGAAAAAAGAAAAGGUUCCCCCCAGUAUACUUACUUAUAAUACGGUGAUAAAUUCUUGCGCUAGAGGUGGGUUAGAUUGGGAGGGUCUGUUAAGUUUAUUUGCUGAAAUGAGGCAUGAAGGCGUACAGCCUGAUAUUGUUACUUAUAAUACUUUGCUUAGUGCUUGUGCUAAUAGGGGUUUAGGGGAUGAGGCUGAGAUGGUUUUUCGAACAAUGAAUGAAGGAGGAAUGGUGCCUGAUAUAACAACUUAUCGUAAUCUUGUUGAAACAUUUGGCAAAUUGAAUAAGUUAGAGAAGGUUAGUGAAUUAUUUAAGGAAAUGGAAUCCAGUGGCAAUUUACCUGAAAUUUCAUCAUAUAAUGUGUUGCUAGAGGCAUAUGCAAGCAAAGGGAACAUUAAGGAUGCUAUGGGGGUGUUUAGGCAGAUGCAAGAGGCUGGUUGUGUUCCAAAUGCUGUAACCUAUACUAUGCUGUUAAAUUUGUAUGGGAGACAUGGGAGAUACGAUGAUGUUAGGGAGCUUUUCUUGGAGAUGAAAGUUAGUAACACAGAACCUGAUGUGGCAACAUAUAAUAUACUUAUAGAGGUGUUUGGUGAGGGCGGGUAUUUUAAGGAGGUAGUGACAUUGUUUCAUGAUAUGGUGGAGGAGAAUGUGGAGCCAAAUAUGGGGACUUAUGAGGGGUUGAUAUAUGCUUGUGGUAAGGGAGGGCUACACGAAGAUGCUAAGAAGAUUUUACUUCAUAUGGAUGGGAAAGGAAUAGUGCCAAGCUCCAAGGUAUACACCGGUGUUAUUGAAGCGUAUGGACAGGCUGCAUUGUAUGACGAGGCUCUUGUUAUGUUUAAUACAAUGAAUGAAAUGGGAAGCAAGCCGACUGUUGAGACUUAUAAUUCGUUAAUUUAUAUGUUUGCAAGUGGCGGACUUUACAAGGAAUCUGAGGCUAUGUUGUGGAAAAUGGGUGAAUCUGGGUUUGCACAGGAUAGGGAUUCUUUCAAUGGUGCGAUUGAAGGUUAUAGACAAGGAGGCCAGUUUGAAGAAGCUAUCAAGGCUUAUGUUGAUAUGGAAAAAGCAAGAUUUCAACCUGAUGAGCGGACCCUUGAGGCCGGUUUGAGUGUUUACUGCACUGCAGGUCUUGUUGAUGAGAGUGAGGAGCAAUUCCGGGAAAUUAGAGCUUCUGGAAUAUUGCCCAGUGUUAUGUGCUACUGCAUGAUGCUGGCUGUUUAUGCUAAGAAUAAUAGAUGGAGUGAUGCCUAUGAGGUGCUUGAUGAGAUGGCAACAAAUAGGGUAUCAAACAUUCAUCAAGUGAUUGGGCAGAUGAUCAAAGGAGAUUAUGAUGAUGACUCUAAUUGGCAAAUGGUCGAGUAUGUCUUUGACAAACUCAACUCUGAAGGAUGUGGUCUGGGGAUGAGGUUUUAUAACACUCUUUUGGAAGCACUUUGGUGGUUGGGUCAGAAAAAACGGGCUGCAAGAGUGCUCAGUGAAGCAACCAGGCGAGGUCUUUUCCCUGAACUCUUUCGUAAAAGCAAACUUGUAUGGGCUGUGGAUGUGCACAGGAUGUGGGAAGGUGGUGCAUGCACAGCAAUAUCUGUUUGGCUCAAUGAUAUGUACAAGAUGUUCUUGGCAGGGGUAGAUCUUCCUCAGCUAGCAUCAGUUGUUGCAGUACGGGGGCGGAUGGAGAAAAGCUCUGUUUCACAAGAAUUUCCCCUUGUGAAGGCAGUUUACUCCUUUCUUCAGGAUAAUGUGUCAUCGUUAUUUUCUUUCCCUGUAUGGAAUAAGGGUCGCAUUACCUGCCAGCGGUCCCAUCUCAAGCGCAUUCUUUCUGGCACAGAUUCAACUUCAGAUGAAAACAGAAAAGAUGAAUUUAUUGCUUUAAGUAACUCCCCUCUUUCUCUCCCUAGCACAAGAACAUCAACAAGCAAUGUCAAUAGUCAACAUGAGAAUCCCAAUUCUGAAACAAGAACGGAGCUUGUGACGAGCAGAGUUUAAAUUUUAUAUACUAAAUUAACCAUCCGCAUUUCAUGCUCGGAAAAUCUUUCUCCCAAUUUCAAUUAAAAAGAUGCACACCAAGAAAUGAUCUUCUACUGUUGUAUCUUCUGAUGUUUCCACUGGUGGAAGAUAAGGUCGUUUCUAAAGGUGGAUAUCAGCUCCGUAGUUCACCAAAUUGCAGAAUGAAUCAGUGUUCGCGAGGCAGUCUCUGUUGCUUACCACUUUGAUUUAAAUACACUAGGCAAGUCUAGAUUUAACGGUGAGAAGAGGUCAGCUGAUGAAAAGGAUUUUUAGCAGUAGUUUAUUAUUCUUUACAUGUAAAUGGAUUUUGGUUAUUCUAUUAUUUGGGGAAAAAAAGUUAAAAAGA